CACAUUUUAUCUUUUCUUACUAUAUUUACUAAAAUGAAUAGAAUGACAAUAUUCUUGACCAAAAAAAAGAAAAGAGAAUGACAAUAUUAUUCUAUCAUUUGUAUCCAUGACUUAUUAUUUAUCUUUAUUCAUUUCAUAUUUACUAUUUAUCUAACUAAAGAAAUUAGAAGGACUAAUGUUUAACAAAUUCUUUCGAGUUUGAGGUUUAGUCAUUUACAUUUCGGUUUAAUCAAUCUAAAGAUUCUUGUGAAUCAAAAAUUAGUGGCGCCUCGGAUUCAUCAUAUAAAUGAUUCAACCAAAGGUCUCUCUUAUGAGUUAAUGAUGAAUCUAUUUCUAUCUUUAGAUAAGCCAUAAUUCAUUCAUUCCUCGAAUCAAUCAUGUAGCUAUAUAACAUUAGAAAGAAUCAAGCAUAUAAGUAAACUAUCACUAUUGUCGCUAAAAAAACGGUAAACUAUAUCGUUUGCGAUUUGUUAAAUAUGUCAAUAAAUUAGAAUAUACCUUAAUUUAUAAAGAUUUCAAUAUCUCAAUUAUAAUCCAAGAUUAGUUUCCAAUUUAUAGCACACAAAAUUAGUGAUUAGCGAUAAUCUCUUACUAUAAAAACACAAAAUCAAACGCAAUAUCUAUCAAUUAACCACCUUUCUUUAUACAACCCUAUAUACAUUUAGAUAUAUAAAUAUAGUAAUGUAUUAUCCUUGAAAUUUGUUCUCAUCAUCAAGCAUAUGCAUGGGUCGUCCAAAGAUGAAAUCUUCGUUGUUGUUCUUCUUGUUAUGUUUGUUUCAAAUAAACAAAUUAGGUUUCUGCUUAGAAGAAGAAGCUCAAAAGUCUAAAAACGGAGUUGGAAGCAAUGGAUUCAUAAGUGUCACUAGUUUCGGAGCUAUUGGUGAUGGAGAGACCGAUGAUACUAAGGUGUGUAUAUAUAGAAUCAUCACUAUUUGUAUCAAAGUGGUAUGUAUGAUCUUUGCUUUAAUGUAUGUUUAUGUUAUCAAUAUAUUUCAGGCUUUUCUUAAGGCAUGGGAAGCUGUAUGCAAAGGAGGACGCAAUACAAAGAUUCUAGUGCCUCAAGGGAAAACCUUCAUGCUUAAGCCUCUUGCAUUCAUCGGUCCAUGCAAGUCUUCUUCUAUCUCCUUCUCGAUAAGAGGUAAUCUUGUGGCACCGGGUUACACUUGGUAUGCGGGAAGAUAUCCAACAUGGAUUAGUUUUGACAGUAUCAACGGUCUUGUUGUCACCGGAGGUGGCACCAUCGACGCUCGUGGUUCUUUGUGGUGGGGCAACGUUAAUACUCGCCCCUCCGCAAUGCACUUCAACAACUGUAAUGGUCUUAGGAUAUCUAAUCUCCGACAUUUGAACAGUCCUCGGAACCAUGUAGGUCUAAGUUGUUCACAGAACAUCGAGGUCACGGGUAUAAGGAUGACAGCCCCCGGUGAUAGUCCCAACACGGAUGGUAUUGACAUAUCAAACUGUAAAGGAGUCCACAUACAUGACUCUGUGAUUGCCACUGGAGAUGACUGCAUCGCCAUUAAUAGUGGUUCCUCUCAUAUCAACAUAACCGGCAUUUUCUGUGGCCCCGGUCACGGCAUCAGCGUAGGAAGUCUUGGAGUAACUGGAGAUUUUGCAACUGUUGAAGAAGUGAGGGUAAAGAACUGCACUUUUACAAACACACAGAAUGGUGUCCGAAUCAAGACAUACCAGAAUGGAUCAGGAUAUGCUCGGAAAAUCUCAUUCGAGGAUAUCAUCAUGGUUGCCUCAGAGAACCCUAUUAUCAUAGACCAGACUUACCACAAUGGAGGCACGAACGGAGGAAGAAGCAAGUCAUCUAAUAGCUAUCAAAACUGUCAUUUAGCAGCAAAACAACGGACUCAGUCCGGUAAUGGCAAAGGCGUGAGAGUGAGUGAUGUGCGUUACUCUAGUAUCCGUGGGUCAUCUGCAAGCGAUCAAGCCAUUACAUUGAACUGCGAUGCAGACUUGGGAUGCUCAGAUAUAGUGAUGAACAAUGUGAAUAUGGUUUCAGCGACAUUUGGUCACAAGGUGUUUGCUACCUGCAAAAAUGCUCAUGGGUCUUUUUUUGCUUCAAAAGUGAAUUGUCUGAAAAAGUAUUAAGUAUGCCUUUUUGUGAGAUCCUUUCCUUGAAGAACCAAGAAAGAAAAUGGAUUCUUCUCAACUUUUUCUUAGAAGAGAACCGUUUUUCCCUGAGUUUUUUUUUUUUUUUUUUUUUAUGUAGAAAACGUUUAUUUGUUCUCAUUAUUGGUUGAAUAAAUGUUUCAGUUGGUUACUACUGCAAUGAAUCCUGCAGAGAAAAGUGGGUUUUGGUGUCAUAUCAUCUAAUAAAGACUGAAUCUUUGUGUCCACAAACACAAAGGAAGAGUUAAAACUC